UGUGAGCAGGGGUGACCCCAAAGCCCGCGGAGCUGCAGAGGGCCCCCCGAGCGAGAGCGGGACGAUGCUGCGGCGCCUGGUGCCCCGGUGGAGCGUCCUGGUGUUCCUGCUGAGCUACUCCGUGCCCUCCUGCGGGCGCUCGGUGGAGGAGCUCGGCCGCCGGCUCAAACGAGCAGUGUCGGAGCACCAGCUCAUGCACGACAAGGGCAAGACCAUCGAGGACAUGCGGCGCCGCAUCUUCCUGCACAAUCUCAUCUCCGAGAUCCACACGGCCGAGAUCAGAACUACCUCUGCAGUCUCCCCCAACUCCAAGCCCGCCCCCAACAACAAGCACCUCGCCCUGCGCUACUCGAUGGACGAGGAAGGCCGCCACCUCACUCAGGAGACCAACAAGGUGGAGCAGCCUCUGAAGACCGCCCGGAUGAAGAAGAAGGGCAAGUUGGGCAAGCGCAGGGAGCAGGAGAAGCGGCGGCGGCGGACACGCGCGGCCUGGACCACCCCCGCGGCCGGCAGCGGGCUGCCGGGCCACCGCCCAGCUGACGGGGACACCUUGGCCUCGCCGAGGAAGCCCCACUCACGGAAAGAGAUUCUCCAGGGCGUCCAGGAGAGGGCGCUGCUCCCGCAGGCGCGGCCGUCACCCCGCAAGCAGUAG